AUGGCGGCCCCCAGGAGGGAAGGGGCCGAGGAGAUGCCCAGCGGCUCCGAGCCCGGGGCGGCCCCCUACGGGAACUUCCCCAAUUACUCCCGCUUCCACCCGCCCGAGGGCCGCGUCCGUCUCCUGCCGCCGGCGCUGCUGGGGCGGCUGUUCCCCGCGGGGCCCUCCCCACUGCUGGGGCUGGACGUCGGCUGCAACUCGGGGGAGCUAAGCGUUGCUCUCUACAGACACCUCCUUGGUCUUCAGGAGAAUGAGGCCAGCCCUGAUCAGCCGGUUGUUGGAAAGAUCCUGAACCUCCUGUGCUGCGACAUCGACGCAGCACUGAUCGAGAGAGCUGAGCGAUGCAGUCCCUUUCCUGGCUCCAUCUCCUACGCCACCCUGGAUGUCAUGGAUGCUGGCGCCCGGGAGUUGUUCUUGAGCUCCUAUCUGAGCAGGUUCAGCCGUUCCACCUUUGACAUCGGCUUUUGUAUGUCAGUGACCAUGUGGAUCCACCUGAACCACGGGGAUGAUGGCCUGGUGGAGUUCUUAUCCUACCUUUCAUCUCGGUGCAACUACCUGCUUAUUGAACCCCAGCCGUGGAAGUGUUAUAGAGCAGCCGCCCGGCGCCUCCGGAAGCUGGGUAGGAAUGAUUUUGACCACUUCCGCUCUCUUGCCAUCAAUGGGGACAUGGCAGAGAGGAUAACCCAGAUCUUAACCGAUGACGGUGCCAUGGAACUGGUGUGCUGCUUUGGUAGCACAAGCUGGGACAGGAGUCUCUUGCUUUUUAAAUCAAACCGAUUGACUCAGAAGCAACUCUGA